CAGACUGCCCCGGCCAUCUUUACUGAGGGCGAAGGCACUUCCGGAGCAUUUUUGGAACGGGUGAGGCCCUUUCCUAGUGGCCGAGCCCGCCUCUCCCAGAUACUUCCACGUGACCCCCUCCGGUCGAGUCUCAGGCUGAGUGUGAGCGCACUCACUACCCGGGAGCGAUGAUCUCACUCGUGCGCGAGUGCGCGCGGCGCAUGUCCGGUGUGUCGGUCUUCUGGCGCCUGAUGAGUUCAUAGUCGUGCGGUGUCAGCGGUUUCGGUGGCGUUCUUGGGUCACCCCCAGACCCACACACGGAAAUACGCACCCAUUCGGGGAUCCAGACGACCGUUUACACGCACCACACCUGGGCGGGCUGUGAGGCUUAGGCCCUCCUCCGGGACCGGCCAGUGUCCCGCCCUGUGUCCCGCCCCGUAUUUGUGCGGCGCCAGCUGGCCCGGCAGCCUGCGGCGCAGAGAGGCUGGGCUUGCAGGCGCAGUAGCUCCGGAGGUCGCGCUGGACUGAGAGUGCGGGCCGGCAGAGGCUGGCGGGGAGCGGCCGGGGUUAUGCUGGGCAAGGAUUACAUGCUGGCCAUCAUUCUGGUCAACUGCGAUGAUGACUUGUGGGGGGACCAGAGUCUGGAGGGGGAGCCUGGCUUGCCUCCUGGCUGGAGGAAGAUCCACGAUGCUGCAGGUACUUACUAUUGGCAUGUACCCAGCGGUAGCACCCAGUGGCAGCGCCCAGCCUGGGAACUAGGAGAUGCGGAGGACCCAGGCACGGGAACGGAGGGGAUUUGGGGACUGCGGCCCCUCAAAGGGAGAUCCUUCUCCAGCCUGGAGAGCUCACUGGACCGGAGUAACUCUCUGUCCUGGUGUGGUGAGGAAUCCUACAUCCAGAACAUGGAGCCAGGGGCUAAGUGCUUUGCAGUACGCUCUCUGGGCUGGGUAGAGGUACCUGAAGAGGACCUGGCACCGGGGAAGAGCAGUAUUGCAGUCAAUAACUGCAUCCAGCAGCUGGCCCAGACCCGCAGCGGGAGCCAGCCUCUAGAUGGUGCCUGGGGUGAGGGCCAGAACAUGCUGAUGAUCCUGAAGAAGGAUGCCAUGAGCCUAGUGAAUCCCCUGGACCACAGUCUGAUCCACUGCCAGCCUCUGGUGCACAUCCGUGUGUGGGGCGUGGGGAGCUCCAAGGGCCGUGACAGGGACUUCGCUUUUGUGGCAAGUGACAAAGAUAGCUGUAUGCUCAAGUGCCAUGUGUUUCGCUGUGAUGUCCCUGCCAAGGUCAUUGCCAGUGCCCUACAUGGGCUUUGUGCCCAGAUCUUGUCAGAGCGAGUAGGGGUCAGUGUUGAUGCCUCUUGCUGCUCUCCAGACCCCAUCUCCCCUGAAGACCUGCCACGGCAAGUGGAGCUGCUGGAUGCAGUAAGCCAAGCUGCUCAGAAGUAUGAAGCACUGUACAUGGGGACACUGCCAGUCACCAAAGCCAUGGGCAUGGAUGUGCUGAACGAGGCCAUUGGUACCCUCACCACCAGGGGGGACCGGAAUGCCUGGGUCCCAACCAUGCUCAGUGUGUCUGACUCUCUCAUGACUGCACACCCCAUUCAGGCAGAGGCCAGUACAGAGGAGGAGCCAUUGUGGCAGUGCCCUGUGCGCCUUGUGACAUUUAUUGGUGUUGGCCGCGACCCACACACCUUUGGCCUCAUCGCUGACCUGGGUCGUCAGAGCUUCCAGUGCGCAGCCUUCUGGUGCCAGCCCCAUGCAGGGGGACUCUCCGAAGCUGUGCAGGCUGCCUGUAUGGUUCAGUACCAGAAGUGUCUUGUGGCCUCUGCAGCUCGAGGCAAGGCCUGGGGUGCCCAGGCCCGUGCCCGCCUGCGGCUCAAGCGGACCAGCUCCAUGGAUUCCCCAGGAGGUCCCCUGCCCCUCCCCCUGCUCAAAGGAGGGGUUGGCGGUGCAGGGGCAACCCCUCGAAAGCGGGGUGUCUUCUCUUUUCUUGAUGCCUUCCGGCUGAAACCCUCUCUGCUCCACAUGCCCUAAACUUAUCUGGGAAGGCUGGGGAAGGAGGCUCUGGGUCCAUGCCUAACUCUGUACCCUUUUAUUCCUCAAGGCCUAUAGCCUGUCACCCCUUGAAGCCUUCCUUCUCUGCCUGUCCCUCUGAUCCUUGUCCACUGUCUGUUUAUUGCCCAAUUUAUUGUUUAUAUGGAUGACUGGAAGGCACUGCACCACAAUGUAGGACCCUGACUUCCCUUUCCUUGGGUCCUUGUGUUCCUUGCCCCUGUCCAACCCUGGACAGUUGGCUCUACCUCAGUAACACUUUAUAGCAAAAUCAGUGCAAAUAAAAAUCCCUCAGUGACCUCACUGGAUGUGAGUAUAUUGGGCCUGGGACAGGGCUGGGGGCUAACAGCCUGUGUGAGAUGAGCGUCUUUGUGUCUGUGCUUGAUGUUGGUGGCUCUCUGUAGUCACAUGACAGCAUGGGUGUGAUGGAGAUCUGACUUCAUUCAUUCAACAAACAUAUUUUCUAAGGAGUUCCCUGUGCCACGCACUAAGCUGGGCACUGGGGAUGUAAUAAAAUAGGCAAAGUCCCACCUUCUGAGACUGUCAGGGAAAUGAACAAGAGUCAAAUUUAAGACAGAAGAUGUGAUGUAAUAUAAUUAGGAAAUCUUAGAGGGUUGUAGGGUUGUGGGAGCUCAAGUAAGACACUUAACCUGGCCUGAGACAUUCCAGAAGGCCUCCUGAAGAACUGACAUCUGAGCUGAGAAUUGAAGGAAGAUGAGUACUAGUUAGUGAGGCUACCUGAGGUGAAUGUGGAGAUUGUGCAGGGCAAUGCAAGAGAAGACUGUAGAAGUCAACCUGGCUAGAUCGCAGCGGGGCGUAUGUGGGGCAGGAGCUUCUGGUUGUUCGAACUUGCUCCUGAGAGGAUGAGGGCUCCUAGAGCGCUGGCUCCUGGACAACAACUUCCUUUGGUGCCUUGUGACCGGGCCCUGAUGGUUCAUUAGAUGGAGCCUUCGAGUCUUAGGGAGUUGCCGCAGGGUCCCCACAGCAGCUCCCGACGGCUGUGAACGAUCAUCCAUCCUCCAGGGCUCCCGGCAACCCGCCUGGCCUGGGACGCGGCUCAACUGUGAGCGGCCGUCCCGGAAAUGACGCGCUGCCCCGCUGGCCAAGCGGAAAUGGAGAUGGCUGAGCUGUACGUGAAGCCGGCCCCAAUAUGAACUAUCAGUGGAGUUCCGGGCUCGCUUCACACAUCCCUCGCCUCCGCAGGCAACAAGGAGCGCGGCUGGAACGACCCGCCGCAGUUCUCAUACGGGCUGCAGACCCAGGCCAGCGGACACAGGCGCUCGCUGCUCACCAAGAGGGUCGCCGCACCCCAGGAUGGAUCCCCCAGAGUCCCCGCAUCAGAGACUUCUCCUGGGCCUCCCCCAGUGGGGCCUCCACCUCCUUCAAGUAAGGCUCCCAGGUCCCCACCUGCGGGGAGUGGUCCUGCCUCUGGUAUGGAGCCCACAAGUUUCCCAGUCGAGUCUGAGGCUCUGAUGGAGGAUGUGCUGAGACCUUUGGAACAGGCAUUGGAAGACUGCCGUGGCCACACAAGGAAGCAGGUAUGUGAUGACAUCAGCCGACGCCUGGCACUGCUGCAGGAACAGUGGGCUGGAGGAAAGUUGUCAAUACCUGUAAAGAAGAGAAUGGCUGUACUGGUGCAAGAGCUUUCAAGCCAUCGGUGGGACGCAGCAGAUGACAUCCACCGCUCACUCAUGGUUGACUAUGUGACUGAGGUCAGUCAGUGGAUGGUAGGAGUUAAAAGAUUAAUUGCAGAAAAGAGGAGUCUGUUUUCAGAGGAGGCAGCCAAUGAAGAGAAAUCUGCAGCCACAGCUGAGAACCACACCAUACCAGGCUUCCAGCAGGCUCCAUAAUCCUCGGUUCCGCAGACUCACCGGACACCAUCUCCUAUGCCUUGGAGGCCUUCUCUCACUUGGCUCCCUUCUUACCACCACCAAGACUGUCCCACUGGGCCUGACCCACCUAUAAGGGAAGAGGUCCCACCUGGGCCAGAGGGAGUUCAUGUGUUACUCGUAACAUGCAUUUCAAUAAAAACAUCCCUGUGGUGGG